AUGUUCACCAUCGCCGCUUUCACGACUCUUCUCGCUCUUGCCGGCUCUGCUCUUGCUCAGGAGGGUGGUUCGGCUGCAUCCGUCGCCCAGCUAGUCUCUCAGCUCCGUCAGGCGCCCACCGAGGUCGACCGCCUCAAUCUCGUCUCCGAUGAGCAGUUCAUCUUCGACUUCGUGAACCCCAAUGGCACGGUUGGUGUCACGAACGGUGCUGGUGGCCACACCGUCGCCGCGACCUCGGCCAACUUCCCCGCUGUCGUCGGUAAUGGUGUCUCAAUGACUAUCGGCUUCCUCGGCCCUUGCGGCAUGAACUCGCCUCACACUCACCCCCGCGCGACCGAGAUCAACUUCUCGAUCAACACAACCCUCCGCGGUGGUGUCUUGAUCGAGAAUGGUGCACGCUUCGCCGAGAUUGACAUCCGCCCCGGUACUGCGACGAUCUUCCCGCAGGGUGCCAUCCACUUCGAGAUGAACCCCAGCUGUGAGGAUGCCAUGUUUGUUGCCAGCUUCAACGGCGAGGACCCCGGUGUCCAGCAGGUUGCUCAGCGCUUCUUCGGUCUUCCCCCGGACAUCGUUGGCGCUGCUCUUGGUGGUCUCGGUGUUCAAGAUGUUGCAGACCUCGAGGCGUACAUCCCCGACAACGUCAUUCUCGGCGUUGACGAGUGCCUCCAGCGUUGUGGCAUUGAGCGCACCCCGCAGACGGGUUCUCAGCGCCAGCCCCGUGUGUCCGCCAACGCGUUCCCCGAGUCUAUCGAGGCCGAGAAUGUGUACAACCUGGCUGGCAUUGCUACGUCUGCGGCCCCGGCUGCCAGUUCGACCGCUUCCUCCGGCUCUGAGGAGAAGCGUUCAGUGGUAGUCGAGGAGCGCCACUACCCGGAGGUCAUGCAGAUCUCUCUUCGGUGA